GAUCAGACAGACACACACAAAAAAAAAAAAAAAGAAGAAGGAAAAAGUAGGUAGUAAUUAAUAAUCGUAGUAAGAAAUUAUAGAAGAUAAUGGAGAAAGCAAUUGAGAGACAAAGGAUUUUAUUAGACCAUCUUCGCCCUGCUUCUUCUUCUUCUAUCCCCGUGCUGCAGGCAUCACUAGUCUGCUCGGGUGAUGCUCACCAAAGCCAAAGGAGAAGCUCUGCUUUUGGAGAUGAUGUUGUUAUUGUUGCAGCCUACAGGUCACCCCUUUGCAAAUCAAAAAGGGGUGGCCUCAAGGAUACCUAUCCCGAAGAUAUACUUGCUCCAGUUUUAAAGGCAUUAAUUGAGAAAACAAACCUUAAACCGGCUGAAGUUGGAGACAUCGUUGUUGGGUCGGUCUUGGGAUCAGGCUACCAAAGAUCAACCGAAUGCAGGAUGGCUGCUUUCUAUGCUGGAUUUCCUGAUACCGUGCCAGUUAGGGUUGUCAACAGGCAAUGUUCCUCAGGUCUUCAAGCUGUAGCUGAUGUAGCUUCAGCUAUUAACACUGGAUUUUAUGAGAUUGGUAUUGGUGCUGGUUUGGAAUCUAUGACUGCAAAUCCCGCGGCUUGGGAAGGAUCGAUUAACCCAAAAGUGAAAACCAUGGCACAAGCUCAAGAUUGUCUUCUUCCAAUGGGGAUUACAUCAGAAAAUGUGGCACGCCACUUCAGCGUAACUAGGCAGGAGCAAGAUGAGGCUGCAGUCGAGUCCCAUAAGAAGGCUGCUGCUGCAACUGCUUCUGGAAGAUUCAAGGACGAAAUCGUUCCAAUCAAAACUAAGGUUGUCGACCCAAAAACUGGAGAAGAAAGAGUUGUCACAAUUUCUGUUGAUGAUGGGAUCCGCCCAGGAGCAAGUUUGGCAGAUCUUGCAAAACUGAAGCCGGUAUUUAAGAAAGACGGGACCACCACUGCUGGAACUUCCAGCCAGGUGAGUGAUGGUGCUGGAGCCGUCCUACUGAUGAAGAGAAGUCUUGCUUUGAAGAAAGGAUUACCAGUUCUUGGUGUCUUUAGGACUUUUGCUGCUGUUGGGGUACCCCCGGCGAUUAUGGGUAUCGGCCCCUCUGUAGCGAUUCCAGCUGCAGUCAAGGCUGCAGGUCUAAAGCUGGAUGAUAUUGAUCUUUUUGAGAUCAAUGAGGCAUUUGCAUCACAAUAUGUUUAUUGCCAAAAGAAGCUUGAAAUUGAUGUCAAAAAGAUCAAUGUCAAUGGAGGUGCAAUGGCUAUUGGACAUCCUUUGGGUGCUACAGGAGCCCGUUGUGUUGCAACUCUACUUCAUGAGAUGAAUCGUCGUGGAAAAGACUGUCGCUUUGGUGUCGUGUCAAUGUGCAUAGGCACUGGAAUGGGUGCGGCUGCGGUUUUUGAGAGAGGUGACGGCCUGUAAUUAAUACUGCUAAAUGCAUCUUCCAUCCAAUGCUGAAUUUUCUUGUGUGAAAAUGACAUUACUAAAACGGCAUAUGUAAUGAGAAUAAUGUAGUUGUAGCUGUAUUGAGUUUAUGUGUUCGUAUCAUUUUCAUUUUAGGAUUGUUUGACUAUUUUUAUGUACCCCUGCAUAACUAAGUUACCUACUGUAUGUGAACAACACUUUUUUUGUCUUCA